UCGUCACACGGUCAAACCCUUCGAUAGUGAAACCAAAUAAUUUUACACCUAUAUGACGACUAGUAUUUAAAUUUAAUUACGUGUUGCAUGCUUUUGUUUACCUUAAGUCUUGUUUAACUGUAACCUGCAUGACGGAAAGAUGACUGACUGAAAAAUAUUUACACGAUGUAUAUACAGAUAUGUUCAGUUAUGUGAUUGUUUGCAUGUGCUUUUGCUGGCUAAAUAACAACGUGCCCUGCAUAUAUUCUAUAUUUAACAAUUCACGCUCUCCUAAACGACUAAUUUGCCCCUGGUCACGACUAAUAGGAUGAUGUGAGACGGAAUAAUGGAUGACAUUAUUUGUGUCAGCUCGGGCAGCGACGACGACUCUGAUUUAGAGGUUAUUAGUUACAAAGAAGAUGCUGCUCCGUUUAUCCGAGCAGAAUGGAUCCCAGUCACACCUGUCCUCAUCGAUAUCACAGGCCAUAAGUUGGUUCCUCCCAGGGGAAGAUACUCAAGGAAAGAUACUUGUUCCACCUUAGAGGUGAUAGAUCUCAGUGACGACUCUCCUCCUGAUGAUGUUGAUGUGCAGCUGCAGAAUUCAUCAUUGGCUCUGUCAUCAGUAGACAGUGGAGAGAAGAAUGUGGAGUAUUCUGUGCAUGUAAUACCAACAGCUAUUAGAAGUGCUCAAGAAUCAGAAUCUCGAACCAACAAUCUUGGAAAAGAUGGAGCUAAUUCAGGAUGCUUUAUAGGGAGCAGUGUUCAGUCACUCCAUCAGGAGAACUCUUUCACAGAACUGAAUAUCCAAAGGACAGGAGAUGUUUUGCAUCAGGACACUAAUUGUAAUUCUUGCCUAUCGUCUGAGCAGUUGAGCUGGGACAACAAGUCUUUGGGACUUUGCAGCUCUUCAAGUAAAAGCCUGAUACCUUUUGAAAGUUCAUCUGAGGUAUUGAAGAACUCCGUUGUAGAUGUACUGCAGAACACUAAAGACACACAACUUAGUGUCACAUCACUAGCUGCCAGUAGCGUAGGAGCAAACCAAGAAAACAAAGGAAAUCUUGAUUCUUCUCAAUUAUGGAAUGCCAGUGUUCACUCGUCUUAUAGCCUUGACAGUCCAUAUUACUGCCCUAGUGAGGUAGAUGCUUAUAUAUUCUCUGAUGAAUCUAAUGAGCCUGAAGAUAAGGAUCAUCCAUUUACAACUUGCAGUGGUCAACAAUCACCUCAAAGUUCUGUGCAUCUUUCUGAUAUUCAUACUGGGUCUGUGUGCAAUCCAGUUGCAUCAAACAGGGGCUGUGAAACUUUGAAUAUGGGUGAAAGCGAGCACCUACAUAAAAUGCCAGGCACUCAGGUUUUGCCACAGCAUUCUUCCCGUUCCAUAUCUACCUCAUCAUGGGCAUCGCCCCCCUGUAGCCCAGAACUUAUAUCUAGACACAGUCAGUCCAGUAAACCCAACAGUCCCACUUCCACAGAGAUCCUUGCCAGUGAUACAAUGGCAGACUCACCUGAUUUGUCUAUAGAGAGCUCGCUAAGUAGUCCUUUUAGCUUUCCUGUCUCGCUGCCCCCUUCACCAGCCUUUUCAGAGAGAGCAGUGUUCAGAAGAAAUGAUUUAGAUCCACGAUCCUUUGAAUGCCCUUCAGUAGGUCUUUGGGAGACAAGCACAAGCAGUAGUGGAGACAAAGAAGAUGUGCUAGAUAAUGUGUCAGAUCUUUCUGAAGACAAUAUAGAAGGCAGACAACAUAUUUGUCUGGCUCAGUACAGAAAGUUGAGGCAAUGUAUGGGUGAAACGGUUCCAAACAUGUGUGAAGGGGAAGAUGAAGAUGAACACUAUGGCUCGGCUGAACCCCUGUGCCGUCAGAGCCUCAGCUUGGUCUACAGCACUAUUGAGGAGAAUUACCCAGAGGGCACUCUUCAGCUGCUCUCUGACUUUAUUCAGCCUCGGUACUGUCCACCUGUGGAUAUCACAACACAUCUGCUCAGGGGGAUUUUUUUGGACCCACAGAGCCCCGAUGUUCUAGCCAUAGAGGCCUAUAACCUACUGAUGAAAACACAGAGAUACCACCCUGCGGAUACAUCUACAGUCCCGUGGGAUUGGGAACUGCUGACGUCGGUAAUGGAGGAACAAGAGGACACUAGGAGGUUACGGACAGACAUCAAGAACAUGCUUCUGCAAUAUGUGUUGCAGGUUUUAGAAGAUGACUUUCAGUUUAAACACACAACUCAGCGUCUUCAACAAUCUAUUGCAAAGACAAUGCUGUCUUGUGACCAAAGGUUCAGACAGGUCAGGGAUAUAAUUAAUUGGAUGAUGACUGUUGCUAAGAAAUCAGUGACCCACUUGAAUGAUGUGGAAUAUCCAAAGAAAGAGAAGGACAACUAUCUUAAGAUUGUAUUAUCGCUUCAGAGGAUGCUGACAUUGGCCCUGGAGGUGGACAAGACCCCAACCUGCAGUUCAAGCAAACUUUCUCAAGAGCUCUUCCAUGGUCUUAACAGCAUGUCUCCAUGUCGGCAAUUAAGACUCUUAUUGUUAAGUACAAUGGAGAGCAAGCUGCUGAGGUACAAGUUAUUGGAGCUGCUGUUGGAUGAGGCUUGUUCUCAGAAGAAACCCUUGCCAAUGUCCCUAAGCUUGCUGCUACACUACGUCCAGAGCUCAUCACUAUCUUCAGACCCCUCUGAUGGAGCAGAGAGAUGGAAGAAGUGGGAUGAACUUCUCCAACUUCUGUGGAUGCUGAUGCUCAGUUAUGAAGAGGUGGUGACAGGUCACCUACGCUGUCCCAUCACAGAGCGUUUUGACAGGACGCGUGCUCCGAUUUGGACGCGACAUGACCAGGUGACACCGUCAGCAGUGCGAGUGGCAGCAGAGGCCUUUCUGUGUCGUGCAGCAGAGGACAUUGGCCAUGUUCUCCCCAUGGAAAUGCAGGAGUCACUAUCUCAACUACAGGAACACUUAUCUGAUGUAUCCAGUAUUAUUUCAAGUCAUUAGACUUUAUUUUGUAUUUUUAAGAAAAUAAUAUAUUUAUAUAAUUGUUUUUAAUAAAUAGAUUUUAAAUGAUGUAUGUAGGUUUGUUCACUACCAGUACUCAUCAACUGUUCAGUACUUAAUCAGUCAGGUUAACAUUUUUUUUUUUUUCUUUUUCUUUUUUUACUUCUUCAAAAGCUUGCAUACAUACCAGUAAACAAUCUAAGAGGGCUAUGUGAGUAAAGAUAAAUAACUCAAAGUUGUAUCCCUACCAAGUACAUUUUAGAGCAACUAUCAAAAUCACUGCAAUGUACAUGAUUUCCUACAUACAAACAAUGUUUUACGAUGUACAAUGAAAUACUAUGAUGAACAACCCCAAUUCCGAAAUAGUUGGGACUAUGAAAAAUGCUAAUAAA